CCAGGCGGCGGCGCGAGCGGGCGGCGGCUGUGCGGUGCGGUGCAGAGCGGAGGCGGAGGCGGGCGCGCGGGCAGCUCGCGGGCACCCGGCCGGGCGGGCGCGGGAGCGGGAAAGGGUGCGCUAUGCCUUUAACGCCCGCGUACAGUAGACAUGUAUAGUGGAGUGUAGGGAAACUCUAGGCGGGGUUAAAGUUCAGCUCAUGGAGCGGCAAUCGCGCUGGCUGGCUGGCUGCAGUUGAGCCGAGUUGGAAAUGUGAACGCAAGAAGCAGGCUUGAUUUUUUUUCUCCCCCCUUCUCUCUCUCUCUCUUCCUCUCUCCCUCUUUCUCCUUUCUCACCCGCACUCACGCACACCUCCAAACCGCACACCCAGACGCACACGCACACCCCACCGCCCGGCAGUUAUGUAUUCUCCGCUCUGUCUCACCCAGGAUGAGUUUCAUCCUUUCAUUGAAGCACUUCUGCCCCACGUCCGAGCCUUCGCCUACACAUGGUUCAACCUGCAGGCCCGAAAGCGAAAAUACUUCAAAAAACAUGAAAAGCGUAUGUCAAAAGAAGAAGAGAGAGCCGUGAAGGAUGAGUUGCUAAGUGAAAAACCAGAGGUCAAGCAGAAGUGGGCAUCUCGACUUCUGGCCAAGUUACGGAAAGAUAUCCGCCCCGAGUACCGAGAGGAUUUUGUUCUUACAGUUACAGGGAAAAAGCCUCCAUGUUGUGUUCUUUCCAACCCAGACCAGAAAGGCAAGAUGCGAAGAAUUGACUGCCUUCGCCAGGCAGAUAAAGUCUGGAGGUUGGACCUCGUUAUGGUGAUUUUAUUUAAAGGUAUUCCGCUCGAAAGUACUGAUGGUGAGCGCCUUGUAAAGUCCCCACAGUGCUCGAAUCCAGGGCUCUGUGUGCAGCCCCAUCACAUAGGGGUUUCUGUUAAGGAACUCGAUUUAUAUUUGGCAUACUUUGUGCAUGCAGCAGAUUCAAGUCAAUCUGAAAGUCCCAGCCAGCCAAGUGACGCUGACAUUAAGGACCAGCCAGAAAAUGGACAUUUGGGCUUCCAGGACAGUUUUGUCACAUCAGGUGUUUUUAGUGUGACUGAGCUAGUAAGAGUGUCACAGACACCAAUAGCUGCAGGAACUGGCCCAAAUUUUUCUCUCUCAGAUUUGGAAAGUUCUUCAUACUACAGCAUGAGUCCAGGAGCGAUGAGGAGGUCUUUACCCAGCACGUCCUCUACCAGCUCCACAAAGCGCCUCAAGUCCGUGGAGGAUGAAAUGGACAGUCCUGGUGAAGAGCCAUUUUACACAGGCCAAGGGCGCUCCCCGGGAAGCGGCAGUCAGUCGAGUGGAUGGCAUGAAGUGGAGCCAGGAAUGCCAUCUCCAACCACACUGAAGAAGUCGGAGAAGUCUGGUUUCAGCAGCCCCUCCCCUUCGCAGACCUCCUCCCUGGGAACAGCAUUCACACAGCAUCACCGACCUGUCAUUACAGGACCCAGAGAAUUCAAGAUGGUUCCCAGUAUCCUCGGUUCUCCUUUCUGGAAAAUCUACUCAGCAAGCCCGCAUGCAACACCGUCGACUCUUCAUUUUCCGACGUCGCCCAUUAUCCAGCAGCCUGGACCUUACUUCUCUCACCCAGCCAUCCGCUAUCACCCUCAGGAGACGCUGAAAGAGUUUGUCCAACUUGUCUGCCCUGAUGCUGGUCAGCAGGCUGGACAGGUGGGGUUCCUCAAUCCCAACGGGAGUAGCCAAGGCAAAGUGCACAACCCAUUCCUUCCCACCCCAAUGUUGCCACCGCCGCCGCCACCACCGAUGGCCAGGCCUGUGCCUCUGCCGGUGCCAGACACAAAGCCUCCAACCACAUCAACAGAAGGAGGUGCAGCCUCCCCGACCUCACCCACCUACUCGACACCCAGCACCUCCCCCGCAAACCGAUUCGUCAGUGUUGGACCACGGGAUCCAAGCUUUGUAAAUAUCCCUCAACAGACACAGUCCUGGUACCUGGGAUAAAAGUCGCAGCGUCCCACCAUCCACCAGACAGACCACCUGACCCCUUCUCAACUCUGUAACAUGGACGCAUCCUCAACCCAGCGCGGUUACAACUUCACUGUCAGUGGAAGGGGAGAAUCAAAUCAACUUGUACAUGGAAACAGCGAGCAUUAUGGUCAAACAGCAAAGGCCAUAACCUUUUGGGAUUUUUUUUUUAAAUACUUUAGGGACUGUUGUAAUUUUCUCAUAUGGUGCUGGAAAUGGUUGGGCUUUGUAACACGUGGAGUGUUCCCGUGGUAGCGUGAGCAUUAGGUGAUGUGGCUAGCGGAGGUCUACCCUUGCUCACUGACUUCCCGUUGUAACACACUUUCCUUACGGAGCCUGGCUGUUUCACAGUAUUUCAUGAAUUUACCCACACAGGUGUGAGCCUCUUUGAGUCAUCGGGAGGCACAUGGAGAACUAAAUCUUUUGUAGUAGCUGAGAUCUGCAAUAUAUAACUUACGGGACAGUCAAAGGGCAAUGUUUUUCUGUAACAUAUUGGAGAAAGAAAAUGCAGUUAUGUUCCUUUUUUAUUUUUUCUUUUAGUUUGGUUUUGGUUCAGCAGUCAGCAGUUAAAUAUAUAACAUGGCCCACAAGGACAGUGAAUCCACUCACGUUGCAGAACAAUUCCGAAAUGACAAACUACUACUACUAUUCAGUUUUUUAAAAGUUGUGAAAUGCUGCACUUACAUUUAAAAAAAAAAAACAUUUUUUCAACAAUUUCAACAAUGACACACAAAUUCACGUGGAAAUGGGGAAGAUGGUCUGUUUUGACAGAAACUGACAGGAAUCAAUCAAAACAAUCGAAUUUUGAAAUGAGUAAAGUGCAAUUUCAUUGGAUAGCUAAAUAUCUUUGUAAGAUAGAGAUUGUUGAAAAUUCUAUUUUUGUUUUUCAAGUCCUUCCACCCCAGGACUCUAAAUUAUUGGGGUAAAAAAACAGCCUUGCAAGAAAAAGGGGAGCUAUUUUUGCUUUUUAUGUUUUUUAUUGUUAAACUUGUAUCCCUUUAAAAACUGAAGGAAAAUUAAAAAAAAAAAACAAAAAACAAAUCUAAUGGUGCUUUUACCACGAUAUGUUAACUACAUUAAAUGCUAAUUAAUUAUUUUCUGUUAUCAAAGCACAUAACUAAAAUGAAAUCAUGGUAUCUGUUAAUUUUAUAAGCUAGAAGUCACUAUAAUGGAUUAUGCCAAUUCUGAAAAUUUUUACAUGUAUCCAGCAACAUAGGAUUUAUCAGUUAUCAGACACUUCAUUGUACCAGAGAUUGUCCAGAACUUUUAAAGACCUUUGCGCCCCUGAACUGGGCUAUGGGAAAAUAAUAAUAAUAAUGAUGAUGAUAAAACCAAUACUGACACAAAUGCUGGUGCCCAUUCAGAUCAAGGGUACCUGUUAGGGAAAAAAAAAAGUUUGCACCCCCAAAUGUCCUGUAUCUUAUGUAAACACACACACACACACACGCACGCACACACAAACACAAAAAAAAACAACAAAAAAAUAUACAAAAAAAAGUGCAAGUGAUUUUUCUACCAGACAGCGAAGCACCCCUUUGCUUCCCAUGCAACUUCAAGAAGGUUUCCUAUACUAUACAUAUAUAUACGUUCUGGUUGGCAAGCCCUGCUGAUCAGAGAAAGUCUCUGCAUGUUCUAGUGUUAGUAACUAAUUUUUAUAUAGUUAAUGUAGGAUAAAGUAGAGUGCAUUAAGACACAAUAUUGUAAUCCCUACUCUAGGCACUUGCCUUUAAACUAUGUUUUUCAGCCCUUCAGAAGGGUUCUACUACUGUCCUAUACAAUCAAGUAACUGAAAUUCUUGGGAAGACACUUUGCUCCUCAUCUUUCCCCCGAAACAAUGUUGUUUUGUUUUGUUUUUUUUCCUUAAUUUGCACGAAAACAAAAAUUCCAUAUCAAUGUGCCUUGCCCUGGAUAGCGAUUAUUUGUGGAAUUGUUGCACAUAUGCUCCUCUAUUGAAAGGGGUUUUUCCCUAGUCAAGCAUUUGGAGACACUUUUUGUAAAUGUGACUUUUAUGUCAGCCAUCGUCAGUUUCAACAUCUAGAACUAAAUAGAAAGUUAGUUGUUCCGCAGAUAGGAGUAGUCUUUAUUGUCCUCUGUGGUCAGUGGCAGUGCUAUUCUGAGAUCUGUAGAUGGCUUAGAAUAUCAGUAUUUUGGAUGUUGCUGCAUUUUACAAUUUAUUUGGAGUCUUCCUUUAUUUUCCCCCCAGAUAUAUGAAAAUAUGCAAUACCUGCUUAUAUCGUGUAGAAAAGCUUAGCGAUUAUUAAUUUUUCUUUUAUUUUUUUUAUUUGACCAAAGUCGGUGCUGCACUUGACGCAGUGUGUUUUAGGUGUUUGUCUUUGUACUUUUUUUGUGAUUUUUGAAUGCACGUGCGCAGGAAGGGCUCCUCUUAGAGAAGCAGUCAAACUGUGAAGCACUAAGCUGACCCUGCUUCAAGCAAUUUUGUUUUUACAACUGUUCCUUUCACAAGCAAGCCUUAAAAAAAAAAAAAAGACAACUUCCUUUUUCUUCAGCUCCCACACCCCAUUUUUCUUAGCAGACCGCAGUCAAUCCACAUUCAAUAAAAAGGAUAUAAUGCCCAUUUUUAUAUGCACGUUUUUAAACUUCCAAGUUCUGAAAAUUGUUUACUGGUUAUCUCUAUUUAAGGAAAAAAAAAUAAAAUAAAACAUUUUGGAUUUUCAUAUGUGUCUGAUAAGUGGUUGAAUAGUCGUUUGACGCUCUUGUGUGGUGUGGUUGUCAGUAUAUGGUGUCACUUCCUAUAGCCAGCCAGCAUAAUUCGCCUUCCCCGAUAGCACUUAGCUGGGCAUUACUUUCUUAUGACAUAUGUGCACUAAAAAAAAGAAAAAAGAAAAAAAAAAGAAAAAAAAAAUAGCAGCUUUCAGUGCUUCACAGUGAAGGGAAAAAAAGCCUAGACAAACAUUUUGUCAGAACCUUUGCUAUAAGCCAAGGUAUUACCAGUAAAUUGGUUGUAUAUACAAUAAAAUUGCACCCUUUUUUUAAAACAAAACAAACUAAGCAAUAGUUUGGGCAGUUUUAGUUGUUUCUAGUGAGCAUGUUGUAGUCAUGACUGCAAAGAGAGAGGAUAAACUGCCCGCUCAGAAGAUAUGUAAUUUGUAUUGUUGUAUAGUUUUAUUGAUUACACUGAUUUAUUCUACCCUAUUUUAUAACGCAGGACUUUUGUAAUGUUGUUUAAAUGAGGAAACAUUUCUGUCAAAUUAGCCUAGUGAAAUUUCUGAUUGUCCAUUAUAAAGGCAGCGUUCAUAGAAUUGCUUUUCUUUCUUUCCCGCCCCCCGCCCUCCUCCCCCCCCCCCCCUCGGGAACUGGAUUUAAGUUUAAAACUUUCCUGUUUCCUUUUUUUUUUUUUGUAAGUAUUUAAAUACAGUUAUUUUUUUUUUUCUCUCAAUGGUAUAGCAUAUUCCUAUGCUUGAGAAGUAUAGGUCUACUGAAAAACCAUUGUAAAUGGACGUUACAGGUAUGCUGUAUUUUUGAAGGUAUUUUGUUGUAUUCAGUUUGAUGAAGCUAAAAUUAGGGAACUCUGAACAGAUUUGCAGGAAAAAAAAAUGUUUUAAAGGCUUUAAAACAUUAAGGAGGCAGUCUAGGGUGAUAACGAACAGGGGUUAAGUAUUAAAUACACUAAGUUACAUUUUUGUUCAUGUUUCAUUGUCCAGAAAGCAGCAGGAAACUAGUUCAGUUGUGAUCAAGCAGGAAAAAAGAAACACCAACAAGCUGAGUGUUUACCUUUUAGAUGAAAGCCAAGCGAAGAUGUUUGAGGAAGACUUUGCUACCUGGGGUGUGUAGACUGACAGGCUGAGGGCUGGCCCAGUGGAAAGGCCCCGCCCUUGAUUCUGAGACACAUUGGAAUUUUUUCUCUCCCAUCAAAUGGCAUUAACAAUAUUGGCAAAGAGAAGUCCCUCAAAUCACUCUCCACGUUUUUUUCUUUGGGAACUGAAGUCAGAGGCACAAACACUAAAUCUGAUCAUUUUUCUAUAUGCUUUUUUUUUUUUUUUCUGGCCCAUCCCCUGCCACUAAAAUGCUCCUUUUCUGAUCAUUCACAGGCAGAGGCCCUCUCCCUAAUGCCACUCUAUCCAUCCCAGAGCCUUUCACUUUGCUUUGAGGUUCGGGCAAACUUUUCUGUUUCUUCACAUCCUGGCAUGGCCUCUAUUGGUGUCAGCUCCUCCCCGCCCCCACCCCUGCAAGCCCACGACAACAAGAAAGUACACCUCCCCAAGCUUGCAUCCUUCAUUCUCUGACAGCCCAAGUGUAAGAGAACCCCGACUUUCCAGAGUCAUGGUGUUCAUUCAGCCCACAGCAAUAUGCAAAACCCAUCCCUCAAAAAGCUUGUCUUUUGCUUUUCAAACCCUUAUCCCCCUACACCUUGAAUUCUGUAGUUACAGCAUCAUCAAGUAUUUACAAAAUCUGGAUUAAGAAAAACAUUCUUUCCCUUGUGAUUUUUUUUUUGGGGGGGGGGGUGGGAGGGGAGGGAUUUCUAAGAAUGUCGUUUAAUGUACUUUGCAUCAUGUCUCUGGAAAUAUCUUUUUGUCCAUAAUGGUGGUGGUCUCUCUCUCUCUCUCUCUGUCUCUGUCUCUCUCCCAUAUUUCUUUCUUUCCUUCUAUCUUUCUGUCAGGUUUUUUUUUUUUUUUUUUCCCGGUAGCAGGCCUCCAUAGAACAAAUUCAAAACACCACUGGCAUGAUAGUGUAAGGAGAGCUUCAGUGGCGCCUCACCACCCCCCCCCCCACAACCCCGAGAUCUGUCCCAGGACAGUCUCGUCUCAGAAAGCUGCACUGCCCACAGGCAGGGCUUUCAUUCAAAUCGGCUUCCGAGGCCAAUUUCGUCCUGAAGUCAAUGCAUGUAUUUACUGUCUGACGGUAAACCCGCUCUGCCUUCUCCACGUCCAAGGCUGUGCAUUUGCCUAAUUAGUGUCGCGUAUGUUUUCCUUUUAUUUUUUUUCCAAUAAAAAAGCAGUGGGAUGAAAAUUGCUUUGAUAGAUAGCAGGUAACAUUGAAGCUGUUCCAUAGCACUUAACUGUAGUGAAUACUGUGUCACCAAUUCUGAAAUCAAUUUAAUGUUUAAUGCAAAUCCAUUACAUGGUGCUAUAACAGGCUGACAAAAUGAUUUACACCAAUGUGACAACUUGGGCUCAAUUCACUCUGCUUUCCAACAGUGUAAAUGCAUAGCAGUGUUUAUCUGCAUGAGAACUAUGCACUAAUCUAUCUGAAGAAAAAAAAAAAAAACUAUAUCAACUUUGGUAUCUACUUUCCGUUUACUUCAAUCCUUGCCUUUUUGGUCAUUGUUAUAAUGCCAGCUUUAGGACAGAAAGAAUUAUAAGAAAACCAGCAUAAUACCUGAUAUAUUAAAAUGUAGUGCCUGUGAAAUCUGUAUUAUAUUGCUCUUCUGAAGUAAGAUUUUUCUACACCGGUAGCCUUUGCUGUCAGUCAGGACCUUCUGGUAUAGGUGAUGUAAAAUAACCGUACAAUAUUAAUGCAUGCUAUUCCAUAAUGCUUAGUGAACUGUAUGAAUAUUACUCAAAGUUAUGUUAGUCUUUUUUUUUUUUUUUUUUCUGACUUGGUUCUUGUCAGCUAGGUUUAAGGUAUUUCACUGAGAACGCAAAUUCUGUCUUUCUUGAUUUCGGCUGUUUUCAGUAUUUUGGAGGUAUACAUUUACUUAAAUUCAGUAUUACUUGUGUUUUUGUUUUCGUUUUUGUUUUUUGUUUUCUUCUUCCUAGGGGACAAGCAUGGGUGGUUGAUUUCAGAAAUCAGUCCCUGGCAAGACUUUUGUCUCAAAACGACCAUUUGUAUUUCAAGAACUGUGCUACGAAGACACUCUGAGAACAUUUCCAAGCGAGGGACAUUUUCCUUGACCCUCGACUGAAGCUAUGCCGACCCUGGAGCAUUUUCUUAAUGGACAAUGUUCAGCCAGGUACCCAUGCUUGAUCCGUCUUCACACCAGACUUCCUCAUAUGAAAAGAAAAAAAAAAUUGAAAAAAAUCUUUAAGAAAUCACAUGGCUAUUUAGUUUCAUGCACAGUUGCAAUAUUUUCUUCAGAAAUAAAACUCUGUACAAACUUUGGGCCCGAUUCAUAAGAAAAAGAAGUUUGCUAUUAACACGGGAUUUUUUUUAAAUAUACUUUUUUUUGGGUCUAAAUUUGAAACUACUUGCUUCCCAAAUUAAAUGUUUCAUCUCACCUUUCCUCCACCCUAAACCAGCACCCAUCUGCCUUUUCUGCCCAAAAGGGUCACAUAACCAGAUGAGGGGAAUGGGGAGAUGGGGUGUAGAUGCCGGAAAUGCUCAGGAAGAUAGGGGAUCACCUGCAGUUGAGCUCCAGAACGGGGAGGCCGCAGCAUGCGGGGGCAGGACCUCGCCUGUGUGCCAGGCAUCGUGAGUUUCACAUGUGGGCUCCUUAUGCGUUUUAAUUCAAAAAACACAAUUUCCCAAGUGUGUCCACAGGACCACAGGACUGUAUGGUGGGAGUGCCCCCUCUAAUCCAACCAGAGCACCUGCGGGGGGAGAGGAAACACUGACCAGGUCACGCCCGGUGAACUUUUGUAUCUGCACAGUGCUUUUAAGGGCAAAUAGCUGCCCAAUGAACUGGGCUAUUUUUCCUGCUGUUUUCUGCUCGACUUCUCAAAAUGACAGAAGCUUUUCCCCCUUUAUUCUAUUUGUGUUAUUCUUAUUUUCAAUUUUUUUUAAUUUUUUAUUUUAUUUUUAUUUUUUUUAGUACUAGUCUAUACAUCAGCAUGUUUUUUGUUUUGUUUUGUUUUGUUUUGUUUUAACAUCUCAGUCGAAGGCCACAAGGCCGCUGGCUAUGUUGGGGUGGAGGUUUGAGAGAGCGGUCGGCUCCCAUUUUUUUCUCCCUGGUCUCAGACCAGCCUGUCUGCACUGUGAAGGCGUUUGGUAGAGUCACCACUGAGAUACUAACUCAGCCUAGAGCUGGAGCUUUGUCAGGUUCUAGGAGGGCCUUAGUAAAGACUUUCAAAGGCAAACACGUGAUUCUCCUUCCCUACACCCUUGACCUCUUAAUGCAGAACAAAGUUCUCUGGGGACCUUUCCCACCACCCUUGGAAAUCUGUCCACUCAAGAUACCUCGGUUUUUUGGUUUUUUUUUUUUUUUUUCAUUUUAAAUGGUUGGGGGGUAGGGGACCGAACACUUCCAGAGAUGAAAAGAGAUCUGUUGUGAAACUAAACACCCCCCCGUGUUAAUAACUUGGUUUGACAUUUGUUUUUAUGAGCCGGGCCCCCUGUGCCUCUAGUAUACUUGUAUUGACUCUCAUAGCUACCCUUUUAGUUUUACUGUGUUCUGUGAAAAUUUGUAAUUGGUUGAGAAUCACUGUGGGCGUCCAUUCUUAUUCAACUAAAUCUCCACAGGUUUUUUGAGCUGGUGUGGAUUAGUUUAACUCUUGUAUUCAACCAUUAGUGCUACCACCUUCUCACAUUACAAUACAAUUACUGGAAGCAAGUACUGCAUUUCCUAUGCAACAAAAAAGGAAAAAUAAAAAAUUGCUAAUGCUA